AUGGGCGAAGAAACUGAGGUGGCAGAGAUCGUGCCCCAAGUCGCUUUCAAGAAGCGCUCCAAGGGAAAAGCCAACUUUCGCAAGAAGCCCGCAACGCCACCUCCUGCUUCUGACUCCGACUCCGACUUUGUAUCAUCCGAUGACGACGAAGGACGACGGAUCAAGAGGCGACGCAAGAAUGCAGCUGUCACCGCAUCAUCCACAUCAAAUGCGACAAGGAAACAGCGCCCAGAAAACGAACCUAUAACCGCGGUUCCCGCUCCAUUGACCUCGAGCAACGACGCCACAAAGGCUUCCAACUGGUAUGAUGAGAACCUGAGCGAGAAGAACUUGCUAGGCACAACCCGGGAAAAACCAGUCUCUGCCUCACAGCCAGACGGAACCUAUAAAGGCGCCGCCAACUAUCAAUCUUUCAUUCAGAAGAACCCAGAUGCACCGGGGAAAUUUGGUCCUGUCAAAGCUGCAACCAACGUUAGAACUAUCACAGUGACAGAUUUCGCCCCCGAUGUGUGCAAGGAUUGGAAACAAACUGGCUACUGUGGCUUUGGAGAUAGCUGUAAAUAUCUCCAUUCUCGGGAGGCAUACAAGGCAGGAUGGGAGCUCGACCGUGACUGGGAAGUCAACACCAAGGGCAAGCAAUUAAGUGGGCGAGUGGUUUCACAGCGAAAAGGCGCGGGCAAAAUCACCGAAGAAGACGAGGAUGACGACGAGGAUGAAUUGCUAGAGAGCAUUCCAUUCGCCUGUAUCAUCUGCUUGAAGCCCUAUCAAGAACCUAUCAUCACCAAAUGUGGUCACUAUUUCUGUGAAGCAUGUGCCCUACAACGGUACCGGAAAACCCCAUCGUGCGCUGCCUGCGGCGAGGGAACUGGGGGUGUCUUCAACGUCGCAAAGAAGUUGAAAGCUCUUCUGGACAAGAAGCGGGAACGUGCGCGCAAGAUUCGGGAGGAGGCGAUUGCAAAUGGGGAGGAGGUCAGCGAGGAAGAAGAGGAUGAUAGUGAUUAG